AUAAGGAUUUUGUGGCGCAACCUCUUGGAUACAGUAAGGAAACCAAUACUAUAAGAAGACGUAAUCCUCUGAUGGUGAUAUUCUUGCUAAAAUCUUGACCUUACUUCCAGAUAAGAAAUUUAAGAAGAAGAGUCAAAUAUCUGUUUUGUAAUUAAACACCCAUAUCACUCUUGACAUGCAGGAUAAAACAUCAAAAUGCCUGGAGUGUGGAAGGAGCUUCACGAGCAGGAGAGGUUUACAUUUACAUCAAACAACUCACACUGGGGAGAAACCCUAUAUGUGCCUGGAGUGUGGAAAGAGGUUCUCUCAUCCUUCCAGUUUACAAUCGCAUCACAGGACUCACACUGGGGAGAAACCCUAUACGUGCCUGGAGUGUGGACGGAGCUUCGCUGAGAUUGGACAUCUAUGUUCACAUCAAAGGAUUCAUACUGGGGAGAAACCUUUUGAAUGCCAGGAGUGUGGACGGAGGUUCACUCUGAAGGCACAACUAAAUUCACAUCAAAGGACUCACACUGGGGAGAAAUCCUAUAAAUGCCUGCAGUGUGGACGGAGCUUUGCUCAGAGAGCACAUCUAAAUUCACAUCAAAGGAUUCACACUGGGGAGAAACCCUAUAAAUGCCUGGAGUGUGGAAACAGCUUCACUGACGGUUCAGGUCUACGUUCACAUCAAAGGAUUCAUACUGGGGAGAAACCCUAUAAAUGCCUGGAGUGUGGAAAUAGUUUUGGUCAUAGUGGAGGUUUACGUAAGCAUCAAAGGACUCACUCUGGGGAGAAGCCCUAUAAAUGCCUGGAAUGUGGAAAGAGCUUCAUUGAUAAUUCAGGUUUACGUCUGCAUCAAAGGACUCACACUGGGGAGAAACCCUAUAAAUGCCUGGAGUGUGGACAGAGCUUUGCUACAAGUACAGGAUUGCGUUACCAUCAGUGGACUCACACUGGAGUGAAACGCUAUACAUGCCUGGAGUGUGGACAGAGCUUCACUGAUCAUUCAGGUAUACGUAGACAUCAAAGAAUUCACACUGGGAUGAAACCUUAUACAUGCCUGGAGUGUGGAAAGAGCUUCGCUCGUAAUUCAAUUUUACGUUUACAUCAAAGGACUCAUACUGGGGAGAAACCCUAUACAUGCCUCGAGUGUGGACGGAGCUUCUCUUUAAUUGGAAAUCUACGUUUACAUCAAAGGACUCAUACUGGGGAGAAACCCUAUAAAUGCCUGGAGUGUGGACAGACCUUUACUCUGAGGGGAUGUCUAAAUUCACAUCAAAGGACUCACACUGGAGAGAAACCCUAUAAAUGCCUGGAGUGUGGACAGAACUUCAAAUACAGUUCAUAUCUGCGCUUGCAUCAAAGGAUUCAUACUGGGGAGAAACCCUAUAAAUGCCUGGAGUGUGGAAAUAGCUUUGCUCACAGUGGAGCUCUACGUAAUCAUCAAAGGAUUCAUACUGGGGAGAAACCCUAUAAAUGCAUGGAGUGUGGACAGAGCUUUGCUCAGAGCGGAGUUCUACGUAGGCAUCAACGGACUCACACUGGCGACAAACCCUAUAAAUGCCUGGAGUGCAAUCAGAGCUUCGCUUGUCAUUUAAGUCUGAAUAGUCAUCGAAGGACUCACACUGGGUAGAAACCUUAUACAAGCCUCAAGCGUGGAAAGACAUACUGGGAACACUGGGGAGAAAACCUAUAAACACAUGGCAUGUGGAAAGAGCUUCUCUGAGAGAUCAAAUCUACAUAUACAUAGAGUUUACAUUGGAGAGAACAGUGGUAUUUAACUGCAUAGGGACUCUCCAAGACAGAGCUUUUCAAACUUUUCAUGUUGGCAACACCCUUUUUAGGCUUGCAUCCUUUUGCGGUGUGAUAAUUCAGUUUAACUAGCAAACCGGUGGUUAAAACCACCCCUUAUAACAUUUUCAAUAUAUAUAUUAUAAUUUUUUUCCCCCAAGAUGGCACCGUGACUAUCUGUCAGGGGUGCUUUGAAUGCAAUAUUCCUGCUUCUUGGCAGAAUGGGGUUGGACUGGAUGACGGCCCAUGAGGACUCUUCCAACUCUAUGAUUCUAAGUGGAGUAUCUUGCCUUUGUCCCUGUGGAGCUUCAUUUUGUUAGUUUUGGCCCAUCAUCUUUCUAAUCUGUCAAGAUCCCUUUGAGUCCUGUCUUCUGGAGUCUUGGCUCUCCCUCCCAAUUUGGUCCCGUCUGCAAACUUGAUGAUCCUGCCUUCUAGCCCUUCAUCUAAGUCGUUAAUAAAGAUCCUGAGCAGGACCGGGCCCAGGAUGGAGCCCUGCUGAUGGCACUCCAGGAUGAAGAGGAGGAAGCCUUGGGGAGAAUCGCCCUCUGGGUUCAUCCGCUUAACCAAUUACAGAUCCACCUCACCGUAGUUUUGCCUAGCCCACAUUGGACUAGUUUCCUUGUCAGAAGGUCUUGGGGACCUUGUCGAAGGCCUGAAAUCCAAGUACGCUACAUCCA